GAACAAUUUUGGAAAUGUUUGCUACAUUACAGCCUCAUUGUAAAUUGGAAGAAAUUAGCGUUCCCCUCAAAUCUACAAGCAAUAGCCCAAAAUUGACAGUUCUUAAAAAUGGACUUUAAGAGAAAAGUGAUUUGAGUGUUAGACUUCCCCUUUCUGUGUGUGUGUGUUUGUCGGGGGGGGGGGCGGAAAGAGGAAGUUGAAAGCGCAAUAAAUCUGGCCUGUGAAUGAUGCUGACCGACCUUUCACACGCGCACAAAGUGCUUGUCGUUGUGGGUCACGUGUUGGCUACUGAAACAAGAGGGCCUUUAUGAAAACGCCAUCUUAAAGGUCCCUAAGCGCCAAAGCGAGCGCAUUCCUCCUCGGUCUUGUGAUGGAUGCUCAAACGUCUUACAGACGGCAAGCCUGCGGCCGCUCGACUGCUUUUCGAGUGCAAAUCAACCGUGGCCAUGUGCAGACUGGAUGUGAAUGUGAGCGUGCAUCUUGUGAUAGGCUGGUGGCCAGUCACUUGCUUUCUCGCUAUAUUGAUUGGAGACCGUUCCAGGUCGUACCCGGCGGAGCCCACGCGGGCAAGCGCCGAACUAUCAACCAAUCAGACGGCGGCUCGCAGCCAAGAUGGGGGGUACGUGUGCGCGCUAUGAUUUGCAGUGAUCUAACCUUUGACUUGAUGAGGCGACCGGUGUCACAAACCGGAAGUGGGCGCCUAAAAGCAAGGAAAACGCACACACGCACCCCUCGAUCGUCAAGUGUCGAAGAGCGAGCAACGGCCGGAAGAUCCUCGUGCUAGCGCGAGCUUUAGCGGGCUAAUUCUUGCGCGCUGUCACUUGCUUGCGAGGCGAAGCUAACGACGCUAACAAUCAGCCAUCAAUGCGUGUCCUAAAAAAAAAAAAAACGUUUUCCUCUAAAGCGUGUUGUUGUCGACGGACAAAUGAGAAGACUUGCCUUGCCAGCUGAGCGUCACCUCGAAAGCAAAGGAAACUUUACACUACACAUACACACACUUUUAGACACGCAAACGGGAUCGAUGAGGAAUUAAAGGGCAAGGACUUGAGGCCAAGCCGUUAAAGGGGAGUGGCCGCGUUAGUGGGCCGACUUAUUUCUGCGUAACUUUUACGAUUACGCUCUGUUCCAAACAAUAAACAGACGGAACACAUAAUUCCAGACAUCUUGAAAAAGAGAACACGUCGUGACUAACCCCGAUCAGGAAAACAAUUAAUGCAGGCUACAUUGUGGAGCGGGGUUGGACUAAAAAUAAAACAAUUGAGCAAAUUAAAUCAUUUCGGAUUUUCAUUGAGUUAAAAAACAACACCGAUUUUUAAUCACAAAAAAAAAUUCUGAUAGAUUUGAUGAAAUGUUUUCUUUUCUUUUAAUAAUGCAACAUCGACUUGUAGUAAGCGUUUACGCCUCACGGUGGAGGUAGCGAUCAGGAACAAAGCAAAGACGGAAGAAAAUACAGUAAUGUAAUGCCGGUAUAAAAUAUCGUUCACAUACGUUGACAAAAUUCUUCUUUUUUGUAUUAAUUUUGUGAAGAGCGCGAUGAUUGUAAGCUGUUGCUAUUUGUGCCUUCGAUAUUUACUCUUGAAACAGCAAUUACGUAUUUUACCAACGCGACCGAGUAGUCCACUCCACAAAAACACAGAUUAGUUCGUUCAUUUUCGGCAGUAUAGUGGGCGAACAAAUAUGCAGUUGAAAAAAACGUAUUUCGCUUCGACUGUAUUUAAUUUGUUUGAAUCGUCGGUAAAGAGUUAAUGAUGACGCCAUGAUGGUCGACGGUGUGACGGUCGGAAGCGUCACUCCGACGAUGAAGAUGAUGAGGAAGAGCAUCUGCGGCAUCAUGUCAGCAGGACGAUGACGCAGAGGAAGAGUCUUCAUGGUUGCAGCCUGCCCACAGCUUGAGGAACCCCAGGAGCAGCCAGGGCCCCUUAAACAUGGACGGACUGCGGCUGCCCCCCCUCGUUGAGGAGGUUCUGGACUCCUGCGGCCAGCUAAAGGACGAUAUGUAUGAGAGGACAGAAGAUGGAGAAUUGGGCGAGGAAGCGCCGGGCGUGGAGGAGCUUCGACUUCGCCUUGUGGAGCUCCUGAUGGAGUUGGAGGAGACGCAGCAAGACUCACGCAGACACCAGGAGAACUUUCUGGAAAUGCGCACCAUGUUGGAGGACGAGCGAGCGGCUAGCACCCGCCAGGCAGAAGCGUUCAGCCGACAAAUUGAAGCUCUGAAAGCCGAUUUGGCGGGCGCCCGGCAGGAGCUGGCGGUGGCCGAGCGUGAGAAACAGAGUGAGCUGGAAGAGGCCCGAGCGCAGCUGCGGUGGGCGGCCGAGGCAGCGUUGGAGCUGCAGGAGGCCGACGAGGAGGCGGCAGCCGAGCGUGAGAACGACAUCGCCUGCCUACAGGAGGAACUGUGUCGCCUGCGGGCCCAACUCCAGCGCCUGCGUGACACGGGGGGCCGGCACGAGGCCGAGGUCGCCACAUUGGGGACGGAGAGCGGUGGAGACGGAGCGCUUCUGGAGGAGGAGUUUGCCUCUCUGAGCCGCGAGCGUCUUCUGCUGAGCGAUGCCAACCGGGAUCUGAGCUCCAAAGUGAGACAGGAAGAGCAAGAGCAGCUGGGUCACAUGACGGAGGACGACGUCCACAUCAGUCUGUGCCAGCCCGCUCCCGGUCUUCCGGACGUCGGAGAUCUUCAGAUGCAGCUGCAGCGAGCUCAGGACACGGGGCUCCAGGUGCAGGCCGAGUGCGAGCGCGUGAAGCGUUCACUCGGCUCACUUCAGGCUCUCCAUGACAACAGCCGGCAUGAGUGCGCCGCCCUGGAGGAAGAACUGCGUCGCUGCAAGGCAGAGCUGCAGCGGCUGCGUGACGAGAGGACGCAGGGUGACGCAGGAGGUUGGAACCUUGUGCCGGCGGUGGUGAUGGUGGCAGCCAUCUUGGUUCUGGUGGUCCCCAGUUUGACCCGAGCUUGACAGGAAGUGCCAUCAUGGAACGCUGCGAGCCAUGGCACCCAGACACGGAGCAGGACAUCAAUGGAUCCAUUUUGGAACGUUUGACCAGAACCAUCCAGACAUUCGCUUUCCAUUUCGCUUCUCCUCAUUGACUCGUUCACUGCUAAUCCAUUUCAAACGGAUCUUUGGCAUCGAGAGCUGUCAAUGGCAGUGAAUGCGUUAAGGUUGUGGGUCCGACUUGUGGUGAGAGGCUAUUUACACUCUGGACUGGUCGCCACCCGGCCACUUGGCACUUAUCCACCGCACACAAUGGACUGUUUGCCAGUGUACGUCAGGGCCCAUAUCGGCAAACGGACUCGUCAACAGUACUUUUUAAGGCGCAAAUAGAAAAAACAUAGAGCAGUCAACCGUUUAUGGCAAGGCCAACAAAAGACUGGUCACCAGCAUAUAGAAAAAUCAGGACAAAUGUUGGACCGGUUCGGCAGCCGAUGUGUUGGCAGUAACCACAUCAUCAACACUCUUAUCCACGACUUCUUGGUGUAAAUGUGGCAUGCUUCUUCUCAUUCCUGUCGCCAAUGCUAACUGUUGGCCGACUUUAGUUCUACGCCCGACGUAACCUGAAGCUAACGGCAAGCACGCUCAUGUAAAUGAUGUCACGCUUGUGUCUCGUGUAACCAGCCAAUAAACCGCACUCCAAUGUGA